CAUGGCUCCUCGUCCUCGGUUCUUUUCCUACAGAAGACGCUUUCUAUCUUUCACCCGGCUACAACUACGUUGUUUGAGUGAUGAUGAUCUAAUCUUUAUUGAUACAGAACGGGGAGGUACUCAGAAAUUUUUCUCAAAGGCACAGUUUGGUGUAUUGAGAAGGAUUCUCUUCAACUAACUGAAGGUGUUUCUAAAGAAGGCUAUCAAGGAAAAUUAUAAUGAAAAGCACCGAUUCUAAACAGAACUUACUAUUGAACAACCGCAACCCAGAGGUUCUUUGGGCCCAACGCUCUGAUAAGGUUUAUCUGACUGUUGCUCUACCUGAUGCAAAAGAUGUAUUUGUGAAAUGUGAGCCUCAGGGGCUGUUUAGUUUUGUCGCUCAAGGGCUGCAAGAUGAAUCCUUUGACUUCAGUUUGGAACUUUAUGGCCCAAUUGUGCCCGAGGGUUGCAAAACUAAAGUUGGGUUGAGGAACAUUCUAUGCUCAAUCCAGAAAGAGCAGAAAGGUUGGUGGAAAAGGCUAUUAAAGUCAGAAGAAAAACCUGCUCCUUACAUUAAGGUUGAUUGGAAUAAAUGGUGCGAUGAGGAUGAGGAAGAGUCAGCUUCGGAUUUGGCCUCUGAUGAUGACACUGCUGAGCAGGAUGUUGGCCAAGAUGAUGGAAGCAGUGAUGAUGAAGGAAUGCUCUAUCUUCCUGACUUGGAAAAGGCGAAGAGGAAACUAGCAAUAAGUGACUUCUGACAAGUAACAUGGAGCUGGUUUUUAUGUUCCGACUACUGAUAAAUAUAGGUAGGAACGGUUGAAGAAUUAUGGCUAUGACUUGGGGUUUGUAUACAGAUCUGAUUAUCCUGAUGCCCCAAAAACAGCAGCACCUUUUGAUUUUCAUAUUUACUUUUAAUUGGCUUGCAUGCUUGGAUGCCUGAUUGGGUUUAUAAUCUGAUAAUAUGUACAACUGCGGAAGGGGGUGUGGGCCUUUCCGAACCUCCACCCUUUUUGGGUGCAGAGGGCCACCCAAGACAGCACCGAAUCUCAACAUUAAAUACAAUAGAGUACUCUACAUGCAGUAUCUUAUCUCUA